AUGGUUUCAAGAGCAUCACAAAAAAAUAAAGAAGAAAGUGAAUCAAUUAAAGUUAACAAAACUGUUCUUGAUAGUUUUUCAACCUCACAAGAUGAAAUUAAAUUAAAAGAAAACAAAAAAGAAAAGGGUGAAAAAGCCUCAAAGAAAUCAUUAGAUUAUAUUUUAGGUGUUAAAGGUGCAACUAUUAAAAUUACAAAAUUACCAAAAGGUUUUAACGAAACCGAAUUAUUUAGAUUCUUUAAACAAUUUGGAAAUAUUAAAGGUGUUAGAGUAGAUAGAACUACAAAUGGUAAAUUUUCAACACAAGCAUUCAUUAGAUUUACUGAUGCCGAAGUUGCUAAAAUCGCAAGAGAUGCAAUGAAUGGUUAUAUUAUGUUUGGUAAAAAAUUAAAUGUUGAAGUUUUAAAUGCAUGGGUACCACAUCAAGAUUCAUUUUGCCCAAGAUCAUUACUUCCAGUUGCUUCAAAAAUGCAAAUGGAAAGUUUAAUUGACUUAAAAGAAAGAGAAAAAGAAGAAAAAGAUAUUUAUAAUAGUAAAGAUAAAUCAAUUUUACUCGUUGCUCAAAUGUUAAACCAUCGUAUUGAAAAAGAAAAUGAAUUAAGACAAAAAUUAAAAGAUUUUAAUAUUAAUUAUAAAUUUACCGGUUAUUUAGAUAUUGUUAAAUCAGCUCUUUGCCCACAAGAUAAACCAACUACCACCAAACCAGAAACCACCAAACCAGAAACUGCCAAACAACAACCAACCAAACAAACUGCCCCAAAACCAGCUGCUAAAACAGAAACCACCAAAACAGAAACCAAACCAGCUGUUGUUGCCAAAACAGUUGCCAAAAAAGUUGUUAAAUCAAAAUAA